GAGAGAGAAUAAAUUGGAUAACUAAAAAUAUUUAAAUUAAAGAGAGAGAAUAAAGGCAAGUCAGGCUAUUAUUGCAUAGCCCCCAUAGCCCCAAACAUGUUGCAUAGCCCCAAACAUGUAAAUGGGCAUUUAAUGCCAAUAAAUUCAAGUGUGGCUACUCUGCCAAUAUUUAUUAUUAGUUGCUUUAGCAUGUCAUUUUCUAAAAAUAAAUAACAUAAAUAUCAAUCUUUUAAAAGAAAUUACACUCUCUUUCUCCUUUUUAGUUACUUUACUCUCUCCCUAUUAAUAUACAUAAGAUAACCGACAUAUACAUAAUAUUCUAUGUAUAUAUAUAAUUUUUAUAAUAUAUUUAGAGAGUUAAAAUUUUUUGUAAUAUUAAAAAUAAGUUGUGUAUUUACGUAAUUUUUAGUUUUUUCAAAGCAAAUUUGUGGACGUGGUCCAUGAAAUAGAGGUGAGGUGUUUAAUUUGUAGAGAAUAUGGGCCAUAGUACAGAAAGAUGAAUUUGGGCUUGGAGUAGUCUUAGGGUUUUAGGUUUUUGAAGCCUGCAAUAUAAGAUCGCAAAGUUUCACCAUCUCCAUUCCCUACAUGCUGCUCUGAGCUCUUGCAUCGUCUCUUCUGUAUCUCUGUUUGGUUUGUAUCUGGAAAGUAGAUUCAAGAAGAGAAAAUGUCUGAUGAAGAGCCUGUUGCUGCUGAGACUCCAGCUCCCGCUCCCGCUCUUGGUGAACCUAUGGAUAUCAUGACUGCAUUGCAACUUGUCCUCAGGAAAUCAUGGGCUCAUGGUGGUUUAGCUAAAGGUCUUCAUGAGGGUGCUAAGGUUAUUGAGAAACAUGCUGCCCAACUUUGUGUAUUGGCAGAGGACUGCGACCAACCAGACUAUGUGAAACUGGUCAAAGCUCUAUGUGCUGAUCACAAUGUUAACCUGUUCACUGUUCCUAGUGCCAAGACCCUCGGCGAAUGGGCUGGUCUAUGCAAGAUUGAUUCUGAAGGCAAAGCAAGGAAGGUUGUCGGAUGUGGCUGUGUUGUUGUGAAGGAUUAUGGAGAGGAAACAGAAGGGCUCCACAUUGUUCAAGAAUAUGUGAAGUCUCACUGAGUGACGCUGAAUUAUUGUUCUUUAAAUUCUACAUCUGGGAUUAGCUUUAGAGUUUAGCUUGUUUUUGGGUGAUACGAAAAUUUUGGAUUGUUAAAAAACAGAUUUUGAUAAAUUGCUACUUGUAGGCAUAUAUGAUUCUGACCUGAGGUGAAAUUGGAUUGAUCAUAUCGUUAAUCUGGACGCAAUUCAGUUUGUUUGAUUGGACUA